GCUAAUCGUCAAUUUCAGAACAGUGGAUUGUAAAGAUGUGUGAAGUGGAAGAAACGGAGAGAUCAUCGCACUUGGGAACUAAAGAACAUUGGGAAGAAGCGUACAGCUCUGAGCUGAGAAACUUUGAAGAAGACGAAGAUGAUGUUGGCGACGUUUGGUUUGGUCGCCAGUGUUUGAAAAGAGUCGUUGAAGCCUUGAAGCGUCGUUGGGAUGAUCCAAUGUCACGAUCGGAAGUUUCAGUAUUGGAUUUGGGGACGGGAAAUGGGGUCACUUUAGUUGAACUACGCAAGGCUGGCUUCAAAAAAUUGUCUGGGAUCGAUUAUGUUUCCUCGAGCAUCGAUCUGGCGAAUGCGAUUCUUGUUAAAGAAUUUGGCAUUGAUCACGGGACGCAUUUAUGCUGUAUGGAUUUCAUGAAUGAAUCGGACUUCACAACAUUAGAAAACGUCCCGUUCGACGUUUGUUUCGACAAAGGAACUUACGACGCCAUUCGACUGAAUCCAGAUUGUUGCGCGCAGAAAACUCCGAAAAUUUAUGCGCAAAAUGUGAAAAAAAUGCUGAAGCCUGCGGGUAUUUUGGUGCUGACUUCCUGCAAUUGGACUGAGGCUGAACUAGUUUCCCACUUUAUCGACGAGCUCGAAAGAAUCGACACUGUCACGCAUCCCAGCAUGUCAUUUGGCGGUGCGACAGGAAGCACCUGCACAACAGUGAUUUUCAAAGUUUUGUGACAAAAUUUCUUACUGAAAUGAAUUUAUCUCGCGUUACUGAAACAAUAUUUCGAAAUCAUUUGAAAAUCCAGCGAUCAGAAA